AUGACACAAUUAGUGGCUUUAGGUUCAAGCGAGCAGGGUAGUGACAACCUGGCUUUGGGUUCUGUCAAUCAGGGCAGUGACAACUUGGCUUUAGGUUAUGGCAAACAGGGUAGCGACAACCUGCCUUUAGGUUAUGGCAAGCAGGAUAUCCUGGCUUUAGGUUAUGACAACCAGGGUAGUGACAACCUGAUUUUAGGUUAUGGCAAGCAGGGAAGUGACAACCUCGCUUUAGUUUAUGGCAAUCAAGGUAGUGACGGCCCCAAUUUAUGUUAUGGUAAGCAGAAUAGUGGCGAUCUUGCUUUAGGUUAUGGCGAGGAGGGUAGUGACAACUUGACUUUAGGCAAUGGCAAGUUCUCUGUCCUGGACGUGUAUACCCUCCGGGGCCACACGCGCCAGGAGUUCCGUUCCCAGCUGGAGCCCGUGGCCACGGGGGAGGCCCGGGUCCUGCUCCUCUUCGCCAGCAAGGAGGACUCCCGCGAAGUGUUCGCCGCAGUUGGCCAGUUGGGCAUGACGAGCAAGAACUACGUCUGGAUCGUCACGCAGUCCGUGAUUGGGGCGCAUCCGGGACUGGCGCCGCAGGAGUACCCCGCCGGUCUUCUGGGUAUCCAUUACAACACAUCACUUGCCAAGCUCCACGACGAAAUCGAACGUGCUGUCUUGGUGCUCGGGCACGGCCUGGAACUGUUCGUCAACGAGCCUGCAAAUGCGAAUCUUUCAUUGAACCCCGGACUGCGAUGCUACGAGGUCGGCAGAGCCCAUUGGUCGCAGGGGGAUCACUUCUUCAGGUAUCUCCGGAAUGUGUCCAUCGAAGCCAAGGGCAGUCCCAACAUCGAGUUCUUGCCGGACGGCACGCUCAAGUACGUCGAGUUGGACAUCGUGAACCUCAACAAGGAUGGUUACUGGGACCGCAUCGGUGGCUGGACCCAGAAGGGCAUCGACAUCAAGGACAUCGUCUGGCCCGGAAACGAACUGGUGCCUCCAAGAGGCGUCCCCGAGAAAUUUAACCUAAAGGUGACCUUUAUGGAAGAAAGGCCUUUUCUAAACAUCGGUCAGCCCGACAACGAGACUGGUGAAUGUGAAAGUGGCCGUGCCGUCAAGUGCCGUGUGGUUCCCGAGGCUAUGCUGCAAGGGAUCAACGACACGGCGGCUCGGAAGAACUCCACGUACUACAAGUGUUGCCUGGGUUUCUGCAUCGACCUCCUCCAGAAGUUCGCCCAAGACCUCGGCUUCACGUACGAUAUUCACCGCGUCGAGGACGGCACCUGGGGGGUCAAGGACAACGGCACAUGGAACGGCCUUAUCGCCGAGCUGCUGGACAAGAAAGCGGACAUCGUGGUAACGUCUAUCAAGAUCAACUCCGACCGCCAGAUGGCGGUGGACUUCACCGUGCCCUUUCUGGAGACCGGCAUUGCCAUCGUGGUCGCCAAACGGACGGGCAUUAUAUCACCAAAGGCCUUUUUGGAACCCUUCGACACGGUUUCUUGGCUGCUGAUCCUGCUCGUGAGUAUCCAGGUGGCAGCCUUUUCCAUCUUCGUCUUCGAGUGGAUGAGUCCCUCGGGCUACGACAUGCGCAUCACGCCGCCGAGAGAGCAUCGGUUCUCGCUGUUCCGCACCUACUGGCUGGUGUGGGCCAUACUGUUCGGGGCUGCGGUGAACGUGGACUGCCCCCGGGGCUACACGGCACGCUUCAUGUCCAACGUGUGGGCCAUGUUCGCCGUCGUGUUCCUGGCCAUCUACACGGCCAACCUGGCCGCCUUCAUGAUCACCCGCGAGGAGUACUACAACCUCGCGGGCAUCGAGGAUAACCGGCUUCAGAACCCGCAGCAGACGGACCCCCCGUUCCGGUUCGGCACCAUCCCUCGCGGCAACACGGAGGCCGUGCUCAAGCAGAACAAGCCCCAGCUGUACGCGUACAUGCGUCCCUUCAACCGGUCCACGGUGACCGAGGGUAUCCGUGACGUGAAGCGCGGAGAGCUGGACGCCUUCGUGUACGACGCCACGGUGCUCGACUACCUGGUGGGUCAGGACGACGAGUGCCGCCUGCUAACCGUGGGCUCCUGGUACGCCAUGACGGGCUACGGCUUCGCCCUGCCCAAGAAGUCCAAGUACCUGGCCAUGUUCAACCGCCAGAUGGUCGAGUACAGGGAGCGCGGUGACCUGGAGCGCCUGCAGCGGUUCUGGCUGCAGGGCGCCUGCAAGCCGGACAAACCCAAGCGCAACGCGAGCAAUCCGCUCGACGUGAACCAGUUCAUGAGCGCCUUCCUUCUGCUCGGAUGCGGCGUGCUGCUUACCCUGCUGCUGCUCUUCCUCGAACACAUCUACUUCAGAUACCUGCGGGCCAGGGUCUCGGCGGGGAACCGGCGAGGGGCCGCUUCCGGACGCUGGCUCGCCCUCAUCUCACUGAGCAUGGGCAAAUCCCUGAGCUUCCGCGAAGCCGUGUACGAAGCCCGGAUGCGACGGCGGUGCCGGGACCCGGCCUGCGACAACCAGCUCUGGAAGGUUCGUCACCAACUGGACAUCGCCCGCCUUAGGGUCAGCCAGCUGGAGGCGCAGCUUGGCAUGGAAAGACCGUCGUCGACAACGGUCCAGGAGCUCCUGCGCCCCCGGGACCUGACCAACAACCGCGUGUCGUCAACCGAACUGCGGAGCCCUGCCGUCAUCAUGUCCCACCCGAUGCCCCGAGAGAUCACCGAGAAGGAGACGGUCUUAUGAUGGCGUCGGCAUUCCAACCGCACCCACCCAUCAGCAGCCAUCUAUACCCACACUGCGUCACACAUGACCCCACCCCCUCCCUCCCCCCGUCGUCCCCUUCCCCCUUUGCCGUGCGAUUAUGCCUCGUGGUGGGGCAGCCGCAAUGUUGGUUAGAGACGUGUGUGGCCUAUAACCGCCGCUCGGGGUCGUAAAUGCGGACGCACUAGAGCCGUUUGUACUGGGAGGGUUCCUCUGCGGAAUGGUGGUCACUCGAGAUGAACAAAUAUUAGUUUGAUGACGCUGAUGCUAAUAAUAACGCCUCGCUCGUUUGCGUUAAAGUAAGCAAUGUGCGGUGAACAUGAGGGGCCGCUUAAGAUCGCGAAUGGAAAGUACACAUAACACAGCCGUUUAUCGACUAUUCCAUUAAUCUACUUCUGCAGGCCGCCAUGUUUGUUAACUGGCCCUUGGAACAUGUUGUAAACGUGUGCAGUAGUUCUGCGAAAUAUCAGACACAACGCAUGCGUUCACAGUCUAGUUACUCGGCAUUUUCCAUACUUGUGAUUAGAGCUGGUAAGGUGUACGCUAGAAUAGCUCUGUCAUCUUUUGAAAAUUGAGUCUAGCAACCAUGGCUGAGAGUCUGGGCAACGGUAUGUUCCAUUCGCCAUCUUGUGUUGCUGGGCAAACCACUGCCGUCUCUAUCUUGUGUUGUCAAGUACACUCUAAAAAAAGGCCCGUGCGUCUGCUUUCCCGCACAACACUCGGAGAGCCAAUCACCGCAACUUACAGGGGCAGCUCGGCGAAUGACGAUGCGGAAACAUAUGUUUAGACCAAAAAACGUAGUCUGAGUUGUGACAUUAAGCAAUGCAAGCGUGACGUUUGGCAUUGCUUAAUGUCACAACUCAGACUGGGUUUUUUGGUCUAAACAUAUGUUUCCGCAUCGUCAUUCGCUGAGCUGCCUCCGUAAGUUGCGGUGAUUGGCUCUUUGAGUGAUGUGCGUGAAAGUAGACGCACAGACUUUUUUUAGAGUGUAGCCGGAUCGUUCCGCGUGCCACAGGCUCUGCCCAUUGGCUAAGCUUUCUCAGCAUAAACGCUCCGGCAUAAUGAGGGGCAGGUCGCUACAGUCACUCGCGGUUACGACUUGUGUCGUCUUCCCCUCGCUUCAUCAAAUCCGCUUUCUUUUUUUUUUUUGACUGGACGAGUUUAUGUUUGUGACUGCUCAAUAAUGGCGUAAUUGUCGUAGGAAACCAUUGUCGGUACUCCCGCUCACGUAUGAACGCGCUAGAACAAAGGCACGCACACAACCGUACACUCUCGGAGAGUGAAGGUUGGAUCGCCCUUGUCGUUCGGAACAAUGAAUUGCCCAGCCGGCUGAGGAUCACAAUUACAUAGUGGUGCGUACUCGGCAUCUGAUUGAUUCUCGUAUCCGAACAAAAAGGGGACAGGUGCCUGCUGCAGCUUGAGCGCUAACCACAUUCUGAACGCUGAACGCUUUUCCAACUCUGAAUGUUUUAAAAUGUCGAGCCUGCUUGGGAUGACGUGCACGUUCCAUCUUACGUGUUUCGCCAUCAGAACUAUACCAUAUCGUGCGUGGCGAAGCAAAGCACACCUAUACUUCGUAUCACAUGAAGUCCGACCGAAGCCAACGCCUAGAAUCCGAUGCAGCCAAUCAAAUGGCAGCAAAAGUGCAUUGUCAUGGCACUCGUCCUCAUGGGAGGUUUGUAAUCAGCGGUUAAACAAAUCACGCACAGCGAGUGUGCUGCAAUGCAGCGCUCUUUUCUCUGCGUGUGAUUUGUUUAGGCUCUAUUUCAACCCCCACAGAGGCAACCAGCCUCCUGAUGAUGCACUUUUCACACCACUUUUCACACUUUGCACCGAAUCAGAGCGUCGUCUUCGGUUGGAAUCAACGCGAAACAGCGUGUAAUCAAAGUUCCUAGAUAAGGGACGCGCUAGGUGCUUCUUAAUAAAGUAUAGAAUGUUUGACGCCGAGAAGGCACGACAGUGCAGGUUUGAGGAAGAAAACAGAGGCACACGGUUGCGGAAUGAACUAAAAGACGCCGUUUGGGCCACGAGUCGUGCUCCGUUGACCGGUAAGCGUCGUCUUAACUUGCAAAAAGUGGUUUGCAGUAUCGGGAGACUUUACGUCUGACACGAGGAUGUCACAUAUAAAAAUCACCGUAGAGUAAUUUUACUCUUACACUCCGUCAGCUUUCUCUCCCGAGAUAAAGAAAUGAACCACACUUAGGGUAACCAUUACUGAAGUGAUUAGAAAGCUAUAACCACCGGUACUACACCAUCGCAUGUUCAUUACAGUCGCCUAGGAGUUCAGGCACGGCGUUCACCAGUGAGCCAGAGUAUUUAUUUGGCCACUAACAAAUUAAAUUCGUCAUUGGCACGAGCGUUUAGUAGACGCAGCUAAAAUAUAUAUAUAUAUAUAAAAAAACAGUGAUCGGUUUUAGAGGCUUCAGCAAUUAAGUAGAGGUUCGCCACAAUCAAAUGCCCGAGGUUUCAUACCGCGUCAAACAGCCGUCAAAAAUGACGACGCGAAGUCAGAGAUGUCACUUCCCUAGGACGAUGCUUUUAUGCUAGACGCCCUAUUAUGACAAUCGACUGGUUUUAAUGACAGCUGGUUAAGAAAGCCCGCAUGGAACGUGAAUAAAACCCGUUGUGGUGUGACUUACACAUGAAAAAGUUGAAAACCAAGGCAGUGUAAUACACAGGCUUUGAGGCCGGUGGUACAACUACAAGAAAAUGUUCAGUUUGUCUGAAACGGAAACCUAUGACACGGCUGACCAACGAAGUCGGAAGACCGAAGGGUUAAUUUGCUUAGCGUAAGAAAUGCAGAUCGAAGUUCAGGAAAUCAGUAAUGGUUACGCAUUUGAAGAAAUGAAAGUACAUUUUUCGUAGCGACAAGCGGAAGUCUCGUCAGCUCUUUCUAAAUGCGAGGCAGAAGUGGAAAGCAGACUUUGAGGUCUGUAAAAAAAAAUAUUUGAGUGCACAAAAAAUUAUUGACCCCCAUAGGAUCUCCCUUUUGGUGUCCCUGCGUGUUUAAUUUAACAAGCCUACGAGUGAAAUUUGUGUCUUUUUUUUUCACAAACAGAAAUUGUUACACAACCUGAGGAAGUUGCAAGGCCUUGCUAGGAGUAUGGAUGACUGCAUAUCAAUAAUUUAUUUAUUUAUUUCAGACUAAAAAAUUUAUUUUAUUUUGGAUUGCUAGAUUAGACACAUGUAACGCCUAAAGCGUUUGAACGAACUAUAUGCACAGGAUCAAGAGGCAGUGCAUUGUUUGCACAAAGCAUACUAUUACAACAGAACACAAACCUCCCAAGAAGCUAAAAGUGGUCGCCAGUGAAUCAACGAAAUUUUCAAAGACAUUAAGCCUAGACAGAACAUCCUAAAGCCGAAGAGACAAAAAAAAAAAAAAGACAAAUCCUAUUACCAGUUGUCUUUUUUCCUCUUAGGCGGGUUUGUUUUCAAAUUUCUUUAGUUUUAUUUUAGGUGCGUCUUUCCUUGUAUGGAAUUUUUAUCUCAUAGGUAUUUUUUUAUUUUAUGUGACCUUUCAUUUAUGCGUGAGUUUUGUUUUAUACUUGACUUUCAUUUCCGGCAUGACUUUCAUUUCAUGUGACUUCGUUAAUGCUUGACUUUAAUUUUAUGUGUGACUCCUGUUAUGUGGGACAUUCAUUUUAUUCAAUGGCGUUAUCUUAUGAGUUUUUUUCUCUCUUUUUAACACAAAUCUGUUUUUUCUUUGGCAUCCUUUCCACUUGCCAUAUAAGAGAUAGCAAGCCAGCAUUAUUAUGCUCGGUUAAGCCAAUAAACCCUUUUUUUCUCUCGAUCAAUUCGCUCGUUACUAAGACAACAAUUCACAGAGGAAACAAAUGCUGGUAAGAAGUCUGAAAGAACUCUUCCGGGGGCCUCGCAUAUUAGCCGCAAUUCACCUAAAAUAUUCCGAAUCUUCCGGACUAACGCCCUAGUUACACGGAGCAAAGGAAGAUGGCUACCACAAACUAGGAUUACACUCAUCUGAAGGAAGAUGAUCCUACGAGGCUGUUUUGGCUCCAGUUGAAUGAAAAACAAAAUCGAGCCUCGUGCGACGUGUUUUAACUAUUGAGCUAGAUAAAUCAGAGAACCAGAUUUUUGUUGAUAAGUGUUUAUUACGUCCUGCAAAUCUUUGCCGUACAAAAAAUUGAAUCGAAAGCGCAGAAAAUGAAUGAAAGCAAGAGUAACACUAGAAAAGCCACGUUGCCAUCAAUCUCAGUCAAUGGCUGUGUCUGAAGAGCUCCAACUCUGCUCGUUCCGUCACCUGCCGAGAUCGUUUUACCGGCAGAUCAGACCCCUAAACAUGGCCUAUCGAACAAUAUUUGUUUUACAAUCCUUUUUAGAUGUCAUUUCACUAUUCCAAAACAGUAAAUGCUUCGCUACCCCUGACAAUUGAUGGCGAUGCCGCGGACGACGCAAUUUUGAACACAAUUAACAAGGUCUAUUCAAGUCAACUGAGGUAAGCGAGCUCAGUUUGACCAUACUUUCAAUAGCGGCUGAAUGACAGUUAAUACUGCAGUUUGAUUGCGGUCUAUUGCAAUUGAGUUAACUGUCGUUUGCUCAAUAAGAGAUGGCAGUGACAAUGCUCGUGUAACUAGACAGAUACAAGUUAAGAAUGCGUCGGAAGCCCAUCCCACACACGCAUUACCGCCAGCCACUGUUCCUCCACGAAACGCAAAUAUUCCGCUACCAACGCUGUUGCGCACUGCAAAAUUCUGCUGACGUCGCAAAUCUUGUCAUGGUUACUGUCUUCCGUGAUUGGCCCGAAGAGCGAUUCAAGGUCAUGGCUGGCACGUGGUGGUGUUUAUUUUAGCGCAUUCUUUUUGAGUAUCCCACCAUUGCGUACAAGUCUAUUGGAAUAGCAGAAGACAUUUUCAUAAAAAAAUCUGGUCCUUAGCCAGAAGUUUGUUUUUAUUUGAGGCUUUUUAUAAAGUUUAUUUGAAUCACUAACAAAAACACUCACGGUACUUUUUGUUCUCGCCCGAAACACAGACCUUAAAAUAUUGGGAGUUGGAUAGACACAAAUACCCGAUUCAAAACGGUCUUCCUUUUACACAACCUACGCUUAGUAAACGAAUGUUAAGUGACGACCAGACAAAGUGCACAUUUGCUAGUGGGUAACGGUCACUGCGGUGGAGAAGAAUGAAGAUUUAUGAAGCACUCGCCUAAGUUUUGAAAGGCAAGGUCUUGUAAAGUCUAGAUAAGAAAGUAAUGCCGGACUGUAGUUGUGCAAUUAUUGUAAUCGUGGUGUUCAGCGUUCAAGCAGCCUGCGAACGUACCAGAGAGAAAAGAAGCUCAGAUGAAAUUGACUGGUUACUUUCACUUCGUAGUCUUCGAAUUCCACUUGCUCAGAAACCCUAGUUUUAGAGAUAGAGCCGUUCGGAUUCAAGAGAAACAAUACAACACGUACAUGGAGUCUUUCAUUGUCUGCCGCCGCCGCAGGAAGCGGUUACAGUAGCGUUCGCUUUCAGGAAUAGUUUAUUUUUCUUGUUUCGUGUUUAGCGCGUCAGACUAUCAUCGGACCAUUAACGGUGGAGCUGCUCAGCCGGAAUGUCCGAUGCCAUAUUUACAGAAGGAUACAAAAAUUUUCUUUAUGUUGGUAACGGUACUCGAGUGCCUAUAGUUGGCCACUCUAAAAUGCCUACCUGCUGCACAGACCAUUGCACAGAACUAGCAACUGCAGUGACAACGUUAGCUACUCUCCGAUUGACGAAUUACCGUGGAAACAGAAACCUCACAGGGCCACUCCAGUCGGAAAACAACAAGGUAUUGCGCGUCAUAGUCUUGAAAUCAAGAAAAGUUAUAAUUUUAAAGAUCUCAGAGGGACCUGGAAGGGCUCAAGUUAAAAUUCAGUAUCAACAUCUCACUCAGAGCUGCCACGGUUGCUCGGAUGCAAAGCGUCGGCCUACAGAUCCCCAGUUGAUGGAUAUGAAUGAUCGCCGAGGUGCCCGAAAUCUGACGGAGGCUUACUCCGCAAUGGCACCAUAAAACUGAGAUUUCAGUUGCACGCCAAAAGAAGACCAGGUGGUUCAAAUUAAGCUUCCCUCCUCCGCUGGGCCGUGCGAAAUACUCUUGAUUGGUCAGGCACGUAAAUUUCCCAAAUUUGAUUUGACAACACUCCGAAGUUGGAAAUUUCGCGCAUCACGUUUACGUUUCCUCACACACCGUCUGGUUUAUAAAACCCUUACAUCCGAAUCACGAGACACUUAACACGUAUCCUUCACCUUUCAUCACGGAAGGGAAUUCUCAUGACGGUCAAAUGCUUUGCUAGGAAGAUACAUUCUACUCUGCUGAUUUGCAUUAGACAGCAUGCCUACAGCGCUAAAUCCUACCCUAGAGGAGGGAAAACUCCGCGUCCCAGAGGACACAUACGCGUCGCGCUUUUCCAGCACCUCCUAGAAGAAAAGGCCGUAGCGCUCUGUUCGUGACGUCGCGAAGGAAGGCCAUCGGGGCGCGCGUCGAAGCGAAGGCAACGCGCGUGGAUCGACCGUCGUAACGCGUUUUUAGUCACAUACGCGUGUCUUGUUAGCUAAAAUGAAAGCUACACAUAGCAGCGGGUCUCGAAAAUGUGUUAUUACACGGGCAAAAUAUUACACCGCUAAAUAAUCGGUAUGAAAUGGUACGAGGUAGGUGUAUACGAGAAAAAAUUGGGCCAUGCAAUUAUUGCUCUAGGAAUGCAUAAUUUACACAGAAAUACUUCGACAAAAUGGCGAGACACGCAGUGAUUGGACCCAGCAAAACAGAUCAGAGUUAAAAAUCAGGUAGACGUAGCGAACGCGAACAAGUGCCACUCACGAUCAUGUAAGCGAUGUUAUCGCGUGCAGUCACUGAAUUCUUGCAUCAUACACCGGCCACAUGGCAAAAAUAAUCUAAUUUCAAUCGAAUGACAUUAUGGGGUCGAUAAAUCAUCUUGCGACGCUCGUAUAAUCACUCAAGACCGCGAGCUGAUUAAGUCUCAUAUCAUUUAAUGAAGAUAUAUUAACUUUUCCGUGUGGCAGAACAAAGUAAGAUAUUUUGUUCCAAGGCAGCUCGAGCCCAUAGGGCAAAGCAAAUUAGUUGACCGUAAAUAGUAAGUUUAGUAAACUUACUAUUUACGGUCAACUAAUUUGCUUCUCCCUAUGGGCUCGAGCUGCUUUAGAACAAAAUAUAUUAUUUUGUACACAAUAAUACUUUUACCUUAAUACAGUUAAGAUUCUAGUAUAAAAGCGGUAAAGGCAAUAAAAUAACAUUAGAAUAAAUAAACACAUGAGCCCAAACAACGUACUUUGUAUAAUCACACAAACUGCUUCCUAGUGAAAACUAGAAUAUUACCACGCAUAUUUACAAAUGUCGACGCAACCGCACGUGGAUAACUACAAAAAAAUGCUAUAUCUCACAAAAAAAAAAAAAAAAUUAAA